AAAGAGGAAGAAGUAAUGUGUGUGGGAGAAAGAUGAGGCGAUGAGGCAGCAGCGGCUACAGAGAUAAAUAAGCUGCCUUGUGCCUGGUGUUUCGAUCGAAGACACUUCUCUAAGGGCGGAUUCGCAACAACAGUUGGCUAAAAGGUCCUUCCAGAAGAUGCAGCGUGAAGAUGGCAGAGAAGAGUUCACCUACAGCCGCACGUCCACACUGGAGAGAGCCAAUGGGACACUGGGACGGCGGGGAGACAGGAGUCUGGAGAGAAGGCUAGAGCGGGUGGAGAGGGAAAGGCCAGAGCGCGACAGCUACACAGUGGACGUGAGGGCCAGUGACCUGCAGCUGGCCCAGCCGGAGCCUCUAAAGCAUCCCUGCUUCAGCUACAGGGCCUGGCUCUACAGUGUCCUCAUAGGGGGGAGUCUGCUCAUCACUUCUGGAUUCUCUCUGUAUCUGGGAAAUGUGUUUCCUGUUGCCAUGGACUACUUGCGUUGCGCUGCAGGCUCGGGCAUCCCUGCAGCAAUAGCCAGCUUUGCUAUUGCCAGGAAAAGACAUGUUGCAGUGUCAGACUUCCAGGUUGUCUAUGUGUCGACCUUUGCCGUGACGACCACCUGUCUUGUUUGGUUUGGUUGUAAACUGGUCUUGAAUCCUUCUGCUGUCAAUAUCAACUUUAACCUCAUCUUGAUGAUUGUGCUGGAGGUGUUGAUGGCUACCUCCGUCAUACUGUCUGCUCGCUCUGCAGACAACUGCUGCUGCCAUAGGAAGUCAUAUGACAGACCUUUGGUAAUAAAGCCUGCAGUGUUCCCCACUCGACUCCUUAAAGCGUAUUCUGUGAUCGAAGUAAUCGUGGGAAUCUCUGCUGUAUUCGGAGGGAUUAUCGCCCUAAACAUGGACGCUCUGCUUCCUGGUCCAUACUUGUCAGUCACAUUUUUCUGGAUUCUUGUCGCUUGUUUUCCAAGUGCAAUCGCCAGUCAUGUUGUGUCAGAAUACCCCAACAAGUGUCUGGUGGAGGUGCUGAUUGCCAUCAGCAGCGUGACGUCUCCCCUCCUCUUUUCAGCCUCGGGGUUCCUUUCCAGCAGUGUGAUCAGUUUUAUAGAAAUCUUCCUCCAUGAUGUGCCUACAGCGAAGCAAUCCUAUGACAUCCUGCUGUUGAUUCUGAUGGUGCUGCUGCUGGUGCAGGCAGUACUUACUUCAGCCACUGUGGUGCACUGUGCAGCAUAUAAGAGUCGACUCCGCAUGGGGGCUCCAGAGUGCGAGGACAGCAUGCAGACCACAACUCACCAUGUUGAGCAGCAGAUGCCCAACGGGACGCUGCAGGAUUACGAAAAAGACAGAGCCUGGAAGGCGGUUUUGGUCCAAAUGGCCCAGUGAGCAGUCGUGUCUUGCCUACAGAAGCUUGCCCAGCAAAAGGAAGAAAAUCAGGAAAAGGGAACGAUGAAGAAAACUCUGCAAGCAAGAGGAUAAAGAAGGAGAGAUGACUGAGGGAAACGGAGCUGAAUAUAAUGAACGAAAGACUGAGAAGAAAGUCUUCAAAAGCUUUUUUUUUAUCUGCAUAAAACUAUGUUGGGCAUUUUCUUUUCUUUUUUAUGUAUUUUUCAACAUUAAUUGACUUAGCUAUAAUUAGGAUACAUGUUAAGAAGGUAAAAUAAACGAUUAACUGAGGCUAUAAUCAGCAAUGAUCCAGUGGCGUAAGUCAACACAUAGCUCAUUGUUUGAGAUUUACAAUUACACAUGGAUGCAUAAAAUAACAUUUAUUUCUUAGUACAAAAAAUAUUUAUUUUUUGAGAGAUUAUUAUCAAAUUUGCUAUCUAAUGUUAUGUGUAAUGAGAAUUACUUAUUUCUUUAUUUAGAGUAACAAGUCCUAAGUUAUCUUAGACAUGUAGCGUUGCAGAUUUUGAUCUUUAGGUCAGAUAUUUAUUACAAAGCAGCUGAUCUUUUACUGUGGAAAUGGAUGAUUAUUUGUUGUAAACAGAAAAGACUUAAAUGAUUUUUUUUAAACACUAAAACCUGUUUAGAAUUUUCAUCACUGAUGAAUUCUGGUUCACUCUCCUUUUAAUUUAACCUCGUUGGAGGGUUUUGGAGUAUGGACAUUGUGUUUAAAGUCAUACUACAGUAAUGUAUAUUACACUAUAUACAGCCAUGCAAUUUUGGGAAGCAAACAGCUGAAAAGCUUGAGGUAGCAAGUAAUGAUGCAUAAUUCAGAGGUAUCCUUUUGCAAGUGCAUGUUUGCAAUGCAUAUAGUUUUUGUGUAAAUUCAUACGUAGGUUGAACGGCUCUUUUAGUGAGGAUGGUGAAGCCCUACUGUGCCUCCCGUCUCUUAAGGUGGCUACUCCUAUCAACAACAUGCAGUCUUAUGUGACAUUCGUUGAUGGAAUAUUUUCUGUUAGAAUUAGGCAUGCACCAACAUCAAAAAUUAGGAUAACUUCGAAAAAGGUGAAGACAGAGUAAUCUGUUGAAGGUUUAAAGCAAAGCAGGCUCUAUGUUUUAUCCCUUAACAU